UUUUUUUUYCUGAACUAGUCUCAGUCCUUUACGGCYAGCGCAAAGGAUGACGGUAGUCGAGCCGUGGCGGGAGAUGUGAACGGCGUGUUGUGUGAAGAGUUCAAUAUCACUUUUAUAAUUAUUUCAUCGUUGUUUUUACGAAUUAUUUUCCUUUUUGGGAGGACGAUGGAAGAUCAAUGUAGCCAGGUUAUAGAGGAAGGCUUGAACUAUUUCAGAGAGAGUAAGUUUUCAAAACUAGACGAUGAAGUGUUGAGUUCWYUGCUACCUGCCUCGUCAAACACUGGUCAUCCAUUACAGUCAAUGUCACCAGGAAAGGAACAAACAAGCGCUCACAGCCCUGCUCCACCAACACCCCCAAUGGAGGAAGAUUAUAUUUCUGUAUUAGAGGAUAAGACUGAUAAUUCAGCAGUUUCAACCGAACUGGGKACCAGUGAUAAUCAAGGAACAGAUGGAAAUGAAAAGCUUUCGUGUUCGCCAAUGCGCGACCAAAUCAUUGAAAGGCCAUCUGAGCACGAAGUGAUCGCUCCAUCGCUUGAAACCACAAAUGUGGAAGAAAGCGAAGAUUUAUCUAMGCAAAACACAAGUUCACCAGCUAAACAGUCUUUAGAUGAUAGUGCCCUGCUUCGCAAAGAGCUAAAACAUGCAAUGGAUCCUCUAACAAUUCCAUGCUUACAGUCGGUAAAAGACCUUAGGAAAAAGUAUGGAACCAAAUAUAAACUGCAUUUCAAAGUUUCCAAAGGCAGUAAUCGAUACCUGUCUGCUUACAAGCGAAAGUGGGACCUUCUACUACGACUCGAAGAGUGGGAAAACACUUUAAACAGCUCUAGUCCACAUGAACCAUACAUUUCUGUUGAAAACAAAGUAGACAAUUGUGGCCCCCCUGAAGGAUUUGUUUACAUAACAAAGAGCAUAAUGCCUUCUAAUGUGGACUAUCUAUUUGAUAAGAAUUAUCUAGUGGGAUGUGAAUGUGUCCGUUGCACCCCCCUGACCUGUGAUUGCACUAAGAAUAGUGGGUCAGACUUUGCUUAUGAUAGGAUUGGUAGAGUUCUAUUUGAACCAGGAAAACCCAUCUAUGAAUGUAAUUCAAGCUGUUACUGCUCUGUGUCCUGCCGCAACCGAGUUGUACAGAGAGGGAGGACAGUUAGGGUGACGAUAUUUAGAACUCCCAAUGGCUGUGGAUGGGGAGUAAAAACAAUGGAUCCCAUACUAAAGAAUCAGUUUGUAACUGAAUAUGUUGGAGAGGUACUGACCAGUGAAGAAGCCGAAGAAAGAGGGAAAUUAUACGACCAUGUUGGGAUGACGUAUCUGUUUGAUUUAGACUAUAACGAUGACUAUGCUGCUUAUACUAUUGAUGCCAAAACUUAUGGCAACAUUUCCCAUUUUAUCAAUCAUUCAUGCGAUCCAAACCUCAAUGUUUAUGGUGUAUGGAUAGAAACCUUAGAUCCUCAAAUGCCACAGAUUGCCUUUUUUGCAAGGCGUGACAUCAAAGCAGGCGAAGAACUCACAUUUGAUUACCUGAUGUACACAGAAGCUGGCUCAUCAUCAAAAUCCAAGUCAAAACCCAAACCUGUUCCAUGUUUCUGUGGAGCUAAAAACUGCAGAAAAUACAUGUUAUAAUAACAGUUGAUAGAAUCAUUAUUUUGGCUGAAAUAUUUCAGGAUUUUUUUGCGACUUUUACUGUAUUGGGAUUUGGUUUAUAGGUACAGUAGACUGUAUGAUUACAAUUUGCUUGUCAAACUUCAUGUUGGCAGGUACACUUUUUAAAAGGACUGAUUCAUACUGUCAGGUGUUCUAUUUGGCACAUCAAACCUAUAGCAACUAUUGAAUAUUUGCAGUAUAUUUUACUGUAUUUGUAUGUAAUUCAAAGUGCUUUAGUCCAUCCAGCAACUGAUCAUAGGAUCAUAAUACAAGUGCAUUUUCUUACAAAGCUGAAUAUCUCACUUGUGAAAAAAAMAYAGUGUGACCUCUAGGUCCUCAAGAWAAAGAUUAUGUUAYAUGUAUGCCUCUUAGUUGAUCAAAAACGUCUUGAAAUAUUUUAAGCCCCAAUUCCUUUCCUAGACCAUCUAAACAUGUAAAAUAUUUCUUAAACAUUACAAGGAUGUGAUCUUUUUUAGCAUAUUAUAAGUAAAAUGUGAGUGUCUUAGUGGAAAGAUAUUUUGCCCAGCUAUGAUAAUCUGAACAUUGUACAUUAAAUACCUUUUUCUCUUAUAGAUUUAUUUUUUCAAAUAUUCUGUACCUUUAACUGUUCAUUAGCAGUUACAGAAACAUUAUGACUUAUGUAAGUUUUGUGACUUUUUAAUAAAUAAUAGAAUUAGU